AUGCCGGCCUCCAUGGUUGGCAACAUAAAAAAGGGCCGCCAGUCUGUGUUCAGGGAGGUCGGGCUCGACGACGACCUAAGCGAUGACGGCUCGCAAGCGGGUCCGACCUCGCCGAGGGCGGACCGGAAAGCCUCCCUCGCCAGCGAAAAGGAAUUCGGUGCCAUCACAUCGCUGCCGACGAAGCGACAGCGAGACGACGACGUGCCUGAUGCCGGCCGGCAAAGUGACCGUGAUACCAGUGGGCAGUCGCACGACGAGAAUGAGGACGGUCGCGACGAAGACAAUGAAAAUAAACACGAAGACCAGCAAUCCUCACGGCCGGAACGCCGCCGAUCGUGGUAUACCAAGCUAGCAGCCGGGUACAAGAGGCCUCGCAUCAAGACGGUGGCGACGGCACCUCCGUCCUCGGUGUCCAGUCUGCAGCGAUUCACCGUCAUUGCACUGCUCAUUGCCGUUGUCUUUCCCGCUUUCAAUUAUCGCAGUGGUUCGAAGAAAAUCGACGUCGGCGUUGAGGCCGGUGUCAUUCAAACCAGGCAGACCAGCCCAACCGACGUCUGCACCAGAUGGGCGCAUCAAGGCAAGUGUCCCGCAUCGCCAAAACACGUGGUGACCAGGAGUUCAACACGUGGAAUCGUAGACAAGAACUUUCUGAGUCUCGACUUGCAAAAUUCCUGGGGCAUUGACGAGCCGAAACUGACCGGGCUCAAGAUCCCCGAUGGACCCCCGGCCGUCUCUCUCGGUUACCUCUGGCAGGACUACGACAACUUGUAUCUCUACGGCGGACAAUUUGCCGACAACGUCGACGACGGCAGCGGCGAACCUCAGUAUGCGACACCCGACCCAAUGGCACUGUGGCGAUACGACAUCAAGAACAAGGAGUGGUCCAGCUUUGACGACCCUCGCACGUCGGCCGGCAACUACUCGACGCAGAGCGACAUUCCCGUUCAGAGAGCCGCCGAAGGUGCCGGUCUAUCUGUUCCUGAGCUUGGGCUGAGCUGGUAUUUUGGAGGCCAUCUGGACGUGGCUACGACCCGUGGCUGGUCGAUUCAGAUUGCCCGUCUCUUCCUCAGCAGUCUGCUCGAAUGGACGCAUCCUGGUUUCGCCAACACCGGCGGCGGCACCCAGGGGGGCGAAAACUUUCCCGAGCGGGCCGAUGCCGUCCUCAUCUUCGUGCCCGGCUGGGGCAAGCGCGGUGUUUUGAUCGGCCUCGGCGGAGGUGCCAACGAACAACUCACCGAGAAUAUGGAAAAGCUCGAUGUGUUUGACAUUGAGACCUCCGAGUGGUACAACCAGGAGACCUCUGGUGACAAGCCGCCCGUUCGAGUCAAUCCAUGUGCCGUCGUUGCCAGUGCGCCGGACGCGUCCAGCUUCCAAAUCUAUCUCUUUGGAGGCCAGGAUCUGGCUACUGGCAAUCAAACCCAAUACAACGACAUGUACAUCCUGACCAUUCCCGCCUUCCACUGGAUCCGCGUCGACAAUGGCGACUCGUCCUCGGUCCCCGCACCUCGGGCAGGCCACACGUGCACAAUGCGCGACGGUCAGAUGAUUCUCGUCGGUGGCUACGUCGGCGAAGAUAUUUCAUGCGACUCACCCGGCAUCUAUGUCUUCAACGCCUCCUCUUUACAGUGGGCCGAUAAAUUCAACGCCGGCGAUCACGAUGCCGACAUAAGCUCGGACAAUCUGGUCCUUGCCAAUUCAUGGGGCUACCGCGUCCCCGAGCCCGUGCAAAAGGUCAUCGGUGGCAACGCCGACGGCAGCGCGACUCUCACCACUCCCUCCAGCGGACCGGCCACUGAUGGACCUUUCGCGACGGGCAAGCCCCCCGUCUUCACGAUCACCGAGAGCGGCGCCACGGCGACCAUCACGCAGCCUGCCCCGGGUGCCACAGGCGGCAACGCCGACACGCCCAGCGAGGGCGACAAUAGCGGAGACGACGAUGGGGGUAACUCGAACGCUGGACUCAUUGCCGCUGGCAUUAUUGCAGGCAUCUUUGCCCUGCUGGCCGCGUACCUCGGCUGGUGCGCAUGGCUGUACCGCCGCCAGGUCGCCGCCUACAAGCAGCACCUCGCCGUCGCGAACCGGUACCACGGGGCCUCGAACGCCUCCUUUGGACUCGGCGGCGGAGCGUUCGGCGGCCUUCUGGGCCGUGGCCGAUCGGGACGCGGCCACAACCGCGACACGAGCACCGCGAGCGAUGACAGCUUCGGCUGGGUCGGUCCUGGCAAGGAGCCCAAGUGGAUGCCGGACGAGCUCACGCCCGGCUCGAACAGCGGGACCACUGCUGGAGGAAGCAGCAGCGCGGCGGGCGGAUUUGCGCGCAAGAGCGAGGAUGUCAGAAGCGGACGCACGGGCGACGGGACGAGCCGCGGGGCGCAGACUGAUCGCGACAGCAUCUCGAGCAUGGAGGCGCUGUUGGAGGGGCAGGAGCCGAGUUUCUUCUCCGUCGUCAUGGGGCCGAGACGGGCUCUGCGGGUUGUUAAUGGGGCAGAGGAUACCCGGUAG